AUGGCGGGAGUUGGCGAGUCCAAGCAGGGCGAUGGCUUGCUGAUCAUCAACGCGGGUCUGUUCCGCACUGGGACGAAAUCAAUGGCCCGCGCCUACCAGAUCCUCGGCUACAAAACGCAUCACGGACUCCUCGAAAAAGUCACAGAUACCCCCUGGGUCCAGUUGGAACAGGCCGCGGAGGCGACCUGGCCAUCCGUGCCAGGCGCACGACCCCGAGCGCCCUUCACCUGCGCCGACUGGGACGCGUUGUGGGGCGCGCAGUACGACGCCGUCACCGACCUGGCGUCCCCUUUUGCCCUGGAACUUAUCCGAGCCUAUCCACAUGCGAAAGUUGUCAUUGUACAGCGCAAUUUUGAGAGAUGGUGGCCCAGCUUCCAGGCUGAGGUCCUUGAUCGUGUCAUGCGGCAGCCCAUGGCGGCAAUCAACGGCUUCCUUGGGCUGCAUUUGAUGGGUAUACCGGCUGUGCAGGCGAUGCGCAAGACCCAUUUCGGUUUCUUCGGCGCCCAGAGUCGGGCUGAGAUUCUGGCGAAUACGAGACACGUAUAUGAGGCGUACUACCGCGCUGUACGGGAGACAGUUCCACCUGAACGGAGGCUGGAGUACCACAUGGGCGAUGAAUGGGAACCCCUCUGCGCGUUUUUGGAUGUGGCUGUGCCGGAUGUACCAUUCCCGAGGGAGAAUGAUGCAGAUACACACGCAGAAGAGGCGAAAGCACGCACGAGGCUGAUUUGGACGGCCGGCGUCACGGUUGCAGCGCCUGUGAUGCGUGGGUUGGCUGCCAUGUGGGCUGCCUUUGCGCUCACUCGCCAGGUUUGA